GUGCCAUCGUCAGUUGCCAGUUAACAGUCUCCGCGUACGGUCGCAUCAGGUCCUUUUCUUUGCGCUGUUACUGCACGACGUCUCGCGGCGAUACACAGGUGUGUGUUCGAAUUUUUCGCGCUUGAUUGUUUGUCAAUCAGUGUUGUUUUGAGUUGCGGCGUUGUGUGCAGAAGGGAGAUAUUGCGCGAGAGCAGGUCUUGUGAUCUGCAAGAUAAGGCUAAGCUACGCUCGCACGUACAGGUUCAAGUGUAGCCGGAAGGAACCAUACCAGUGGUUAGCAGGUGCGAAAGAUAGCUUGAUUCGUUUACAUUUUCGGUUAAUAAGUAGUUCCGGCUCGGUAGGAUAGCUUAAGAUCUUGACAUCGAUUGACCGUUCGCGGUUUGCCGAAAUCCGUGCAGUGAGCAAAAAAAAUAGUAAACACACUUUCUUCCACCACAACCGUAACCAACAUGUUCCCGGCGACGACCAGCUUGAGCAAGUUCUACAAUCGCUUGAGCAUUUUAGUAACCGUUUUUAUCACCGUAAAUCUUGCAAAAAUCAGAGCAGAAAACUGUGGACAGGAGGAAUUGGCGAGAUGUGCACGACCCUUUCAGGUGCUACAGUCUUCAACGGAUCUGUCGAUUGCUACUAAGAAGGAGGAGUUGGAUAAAAUUUGCCCUGAUUUAAAUACCGGCCUGCAAUGCAUCCGCAGUUACACCAGGCGCUGCAUGACUAUGGAGCAACGAGAUCGCUUCAAUAAACUCUAUAAUGGCACCCAUCAGUUCGUGCGAGAUCUCUGCAAGGAAGGUCCCUAUCAGAACGAAUUCCUAUCGCAUGCUCCCUGUUUGCAGCGGGUCAAGCCAGACUACGAGGUAUGCGGUCGCAAGUAUCACAACACGGUUUCGGUCAUCACUCAACAGCAGCAACAGCACCAGAACCAUCAGGCACGUCAGGAGCGGCAUCAUCAGCAGCAGCAAUCGAACUAUCACACCACGGCCGGCAGGGAUGCAGAGGAUGAUGUGCGGACGGUUUGCUGCUCUUUCAUCGAGUACCUGGACUGUUCCGAGAGUGCGGCGAAAAAAACGUGUGGAUCGGAUACGGCGAGAUUCACGCGAGGGUUUUUGGAUAAAAUGUCCUCUACACUGAUUAAGAUGUACUGCGAAGAUUACUAUCGCUCGAACAAGUGUCCCUCGGCGCAAUCAUCUGCAUUCAGUGUCAAAGUAAACUACGCCUCCAGUUAUCUGUUGGUGCUAAUCUCAUCAGCUCUUCCGUUCCUGAGCACGUGGUUUCCAGCGAUCGGUUCACUCCGGUUACGAUAAAAAACAACAACCACCAGCCAACAAGCGCAGCUCUCCUACCCUGCCCAGCACAUCACAGAACGGCGCUGCUGUUUGUAUCGUUGGUUCUACAAUGUUUCAGAACUGCGUAAAAAGGGUCAAUUCUGGACGACUUAUAGCAGUUGAACUAUCUGUGCAGGUGUAAUAACAAAUUUGUUAGCAUAGGUUACGCAGCUGGUAGCUUGCCGGAUCGACGGUGGUCAAUGCGGUCACCGAAUUAUAUCGGCCACUUUCCUAUCAUUAUUACGAUGCCGGGACAAAAUGAGACCAUGGACAAUUAGUAUUAAUUAAUUUAUUGAGUCGAAUUAGUUGCCAAGGUUUAUUCAUGCUCCCACUUCGACCCAGACAGAAUGCGAUACUGGAAACCCGUUGAAAGACAUAUGCUAAGUAAGCACCUAGAGUGUUGACACUUUUUAGGUAUGGACCCAAUUGAUUGUUUUCGCCGUAGACUAUGUAGAGCUAGUAGGAGGAUUAUUAUCAAAAAUAAAAAAAAAAAAACAGUUCCGUCUCCAUUAGUUUUAUCAAACGAGUGAGGUUAGUUGAGGUUAAUUAAAUUUGUGUUGUUUUUAUUAGGUGCGUUAUUAUGUAGCAAGAAGGUGUACAUAUGUGAGAUGAUUGAAUAUAGUGGCGAUUAGGGUCAAUAAAUAUGAAAUAUUCUUGAAAAUAGUGUUAGGUAGAAGCAAUCACAUAUAAAUUAAGGAACCCAUGUUAAAUAUCAACAGGAAGUCGAUUAUACUGACUAAGCCGAAUUUUAUUACUCAGUUAAGUACUUUGCUACUGAACUAAACUGAAACCAAAUACUAGUGAGUUAAGAGGGGUAAAACCAAUAAAGUUUAAUUUUUGAAAAAUA